CGGCGGCGGCGCAGGAUGGAGCUGCCCGUGGACUCGUACCUGGCCGUGCCGCUGCUCUUCACCGUGCUGGCCCUCGUCCUCGCCUCCGUCUUCCUGAGGCUGCGGGGAGGCGGCGGCGAGCGGGCGGCGGAGCGGCCCCGGGGGCCCGCGGCGGAGCCGGCUCGGGAGGGCGGCCCCGGCGGCGAAGCGGCGGCAGCGGGGCCGGAGGACGAGGGGAGCCGGGUGCCGGUGGAGGAGGUCGGAGUGGGCGGCGAGGGGAAGGAAGCGGUCACCGAGCAGCGGGAGGCGGCGGAGGAGCCGGGCCCCGCGGCCGAGCCCAGCCCCGCGGCGGCCGAGAGCAUCCCCAGGCAAACCCCGGAGGAGCCCCGGCAAAGCCCCGAGGAGCCCCGGCAAAGCCCCGAGGAGCCCCGGCCGCAUCCCAAGGAGCCGCCCGCGGAGCCCCGGCAGCCCCCGGAGGAGCCCCGGCAGCCCGGCCACCGGGAGGAUGCGGAGAGCAAGAUCCCACCGCUGGGUGCCUCGCCUGGAUCCGGCCUCGGGCACGCAGGACAAGCAGAGGACACACGGGGCCACGAAGCACUUUCCAGCCAUGCAGAGGAGGAAGAGGUGGACUCAGAAAACGAGAAGCUGGUGGUGAGAGAGCCAGAGGAUGAGGAUGCUGCAGAAGAGACAUUUUCUUUUAAAUACAGUCCUGGGAAGCUAAGGGGAAACCAGUACAAGUCAAUGAUGUCCAAAGAAGAACUAGAGGAAGAACAAAGGGUUCAGAGAGAGCAGCUGGCUGCCAUCUUCAGACUGAUGAAGGAAAAAAGUGACACCUUUGGAGAGAUGUCAGAAGGGGACAUGAAGGAGCAGCUCAGACUGUACGAUAUCUAACCCUGCAGCCAGGGGAGGUUGUGCCCAAAAGCCAUCUUGGCCCUUGUUCUGCAGGACACUGGAGGCUGUAGUGCUUUAAAAAUGUCUCAGUAGUUAUUUUGCAGUUCCAGAUUGUUUUGCAAACACAUAUAGGCCUGUGAUAUGUAUUUCAAAAGACUUGUAAUUCCUCAGUCUUUUAAUAAUUUUUCUUUGCAGAGCUAUCAUCUCAUACAGUGAUUUUUUACCUCUUUCUGGCUGGGUCAUAUGUCUCAGUCCUACAAAGCAGUUAAACUCACAACUUCUUUUCUGGCCAUGCUUUAUGCAAAUGAACUUUCAAGCCUAAUCUUUCUCAGUUUGAUAUCUGAAGAAAACCAAAGAUGAUAGGUGUAAAAUGGAUUAAAAUAAUAGAAUAACUCAGGUUGAAGGGUCCUGUAGUCCAACCUCCUGCUAAAAGUCGUGAGACCAAGGUGGUUUACUUAGGGCUUUAUCCUGUUGGGUCUUGAAAAGCUCCAAAGAUGGAGACUGCCUCCCUGUCUUGGCAGGGAGGCUUCCAGCCCUACAGUUAGAAAACAAACAUCAAAAGCAAGGCAUCAGUGCUCUGAUCAGGGCGUGCUGCCCCUCGUCUCCCUGGAAGGAACACUUCAUCCUCCCUCAGGCUGGCUUUGAAACCAACCCAAGCUGGUUCUGGCUGACCUCACUGAGAUCAUCCUCACGCCUGAGGAAGCAGCUCCAACCUGGAAACACAAACAUCUCCUGACACUGUGCAAGGAGCACAGAAAGGCUGCUGGGUUUAUCACAAGGAUGGUUGUGCCCACCUCAGAUCCUGCUCUUCUCAUACAUAAUUAUGUGGGAAACUACAAUCUUAGGAAAUCUCUGUGAUUUUAUCAAGAUUUUGAAUAGUCUUGAGAAGCCCUUGGUGGUUUGAAUAGAGUAAAUCAAUGAGCAUUCCUAAUUAUA